CGCUCCUGUGGGUAACGCAGCAUUUCAAUGGAUAUGAGCUGCUUAUCCCACGUUAUCGCUGAUUUCGUCUGACCAGUUUGAGACUAGAAUGCAGUCGUUGAUGUAGGUGUGGUUCAUACUCGUUACACUCCGUCACCUCCCCCAAACUCCUAAAAGCCGCCUGCUUAGGACAACGACGUUUCUCCAGCUCCGAUAGAGAGCUAUGGCUGUGAGCCCUCCUGUCACGCAGCAGAUAACCAGAACCUCCCAUGAGAGGCCGAACAAGUCGGCCGAAGUGGACAUUUUAGCGCUGCGUGACUGCAUAGUGUUCGAUCGACACGGCGAGAAGAUCCACUUCAGGAGCUUGUAUGAGAACAAGAAGGCGAUCUUUAUUUUUGUCAGGCAUUUCUUGUGCUACACCUGCAAAGAGUAUGUUGAGGAUCUGGCUAAAAUACCAAAGUGCUUUCUUUCGGAUGCUGAUGUCAGACUUAUAGUAAUUGGACAAUCAUCAUACAAGCACAUUGAGGCAUUUUGCUCCAUAACUGGAUAUCAGCACUACAUUUAUGUUGAUCCAGACAAGGAGAUCUAUAAAAGACUUGGGAUGAAAAAGGAGGAAACUUUUACCCGGGAAGGAUCUCAAAGCCCUCAUGUAAAGUCAAAUAGAUUUUCUGGAAGCAUUAAAAGUAUAUGGCGUGCAAUGAGUAGCCCAGCCUUUGAUUUUCAAGGAGAUCCAAAACAACAAGGAGGUGCUUUGAUACUUGGACCAGGUGAUAACAUCCACUUUGCACAUUAUGAUAUGAACAGCCUGGACCACAUGCCAAUAAACUGGUUGCUACAACUAGCAGGUGUACAGACUGUGGAUUUCAAAAACAAUCAAAUUAUUACUGUCUAAAUCACAAGUUCACUUGGACAACGCUGUGAAAAAAAACAAAGGAGUAAAAAGGUCACAACAAUGGGGAUGUCAAUAUGUACAGUAUGUAUAUAGAGGAGGAAAUAAGUGUUGUUGUAAUAUAUCACAUGUUGUUUGGAUUAAUUUUUUCCACUGUGUGUACCAAAAAAGAGACAUUCAUGAAGAUGGUGAAACUGGGGCAGUUCUUCAUAGAGUACCUAGAAACAGAAGGAACAUUACAAGCAAAAUACAGUGUUUUGAAUAAACUAAUAAAUUAUUCUUUAUGGUAUUUUACAAGAA